CUCUGGCAGAGCGAGUGCUUUCAUGUGCUGCUGAGGAACGCUGAGCCAGCCGUUUCAGCUCUGCCACCGGCAGCAGAAAGUGGGUGGACCAUAUACACGCAGGCUUCUGCCCACUCCUGACUCCAGGAUGGCUGAGGAAGUCCCCAAGGGCCCCUCAAAGCCCAUCCGUGCCUGGGAGGAGACGAAACCUCCCCAACGGAAGAGUUGGCGAAAGAGCCCACAGCGGAAGCAGGAGCUGUGUGUGCCUCAUCCCUUCCGUGCCGAUUCACCAGCCUACUGUAACGCCUGCUUGAUGAGGCUAGACUGGGAGGAGAAAGAGGCCCUGGACUACAUCAACGCCUUUCUCAGGAGCAAUGAACAGGACGAGGCCAAGAAACUCAAGUUCUUGGAUUCCAUCAGCAGCCUCAGAAGCCUGCCUGCUUUUAUGGACAAAGCCCUGCUAGUGGAGAAGAUAAAGGAGCUGAUUGAUCACGAGUCCGUCGACUCCCUGACCGGCGUGAUGCGUCAGCAAGCAAUGCUCGCCAUCAUGAAGCUGAGCAAAAUGAAGCUACCGCUGCUGGUCCUGACACAACCCAGCCUGCUCACCACCUGCUUCUCCAGCAUCUUCUCCCUGCCUCCAGCACACACCAUGGAGGAGGUGGAGGCUGCUCUCUACACCAAAACUUUGAAAACCAUGGAUGAGAUGCUGAAGGCCUUGGUGUGCGAGGAUAAGGAGCCCAACCUUCUGGUGCUGCAAAUCAUCUUGGAGGUCCUGCUCCCCUGGACUACAUCCAAGGAGGCACAUGAGCGGCUGAGGGCAGUGGGAAGGAUCAGGUGGCUUAUGGAACUCAUGGGGUCUCAGCGCAAAUUCCAGAUUUUUGGGAAGUACUUCGACCCGUCUGAAGGCAUGGACUUUCUCCUCACUGCUAUCAACGGCAUGAGAAACUCCAGCGUCCAUGACGCAGUGACGGCCAGGAACAUGCUGCAUACGAUCCUGGAGGUUCCCGGCCUCAGCUUGGGGAGGGUGUCAGAGGCUGUGAGGAGCAUUCAUAACCACCUGGACUCCAUCAGCGAGCCACUUGCCCGGCAGGAGCUGCGCAGGGCCCUUCUCCUGCUGGGUUCCCAGUUCAGCGAGGAGGUGGUCAGAACCCUGCUGGGCUGCUCACUGUCAUAUGUGACAGUGUUGCUGCGGAGAUGUGGAAGAUGCUGACAUCCCAGCCCAAGAGCACAGAAA